CCUGGGCGUGAGCGCUGAACGGUGCGGUGCUGUGGGUCAGUGAAUGUUGAAACAUGAAACACCUGAAACCGCUGUCUAAAUAUGCCAUGAGAAUGCUGAAACGAAGCAGGGAACGGUUCACUUCUCCACAGCGUCGCUAUGCGAGACGAGAAAGCCUGUUCAGCCCUGAUCUGGGCUGCGUCCUGGACGACCCCAGUCCUCCUGAGAAAAGGAUGCGUACCUCGGGUCACGCUUUCUCCCUGUCGAUGCUUAAGAUGCCAGCCAUCAAGUUCGAUUUCUCAGUGACAGCUGAGGUUGAUGGAGGCUAUUCUGAACCGGAUGUGCUGUGGGACUUAGGUGCUCCAUUAACUGAGUCGUCGCUUUGCACCAGCACCCCCCUGAAGACCAAGCCAGUGGAGACAUUGGACUCGACACUGGAUAAGAUAUCGUCACCACAACAGUCUCCGGUUCAGAAGCGGCCUCACGGACGGCGAGUUCUCACUGACGUCUGUGCCAACAAUGGACCCAGCAUUCUCCCUGUCAGACAACGGAGGAGAAAUAGGGUCCUGAAGUUCAAAACCGAGGAGCAGUGGAACAUGAAAAUGUAUACACAUUCGGUCUACCGCCAUAUAACGUACUCCACAGAGUGGGAUGAACUGGAUCAUCUCAUGACCUGCGUUGCUCAGCAGGGCAGCGGGGGGCGCUGGAAACAUCCAGCAGACCUCUCUUGCAGGUACAUGGUUAUUUUCACAAUUACUGCGUUGAUCUACAUCACUGACCUCUGCUCUCAAUUCAGAAACUAUGCCCAGAGAUAUGGGAACAAUGCACCUCUAAAAACUUUGGCAGAGUGGGCCUCCUCAGCGCACAAACGGUUUAAUUCUGAAUGAAUCCUGCAUUUCAUGGAUUCUUUCAACUGUUGCACUUUCCGUUAUGUAAAAUCCUCUUUUUUCUUGUUGUGGUCUGUUUCUCUAUGGUUCAAAAUAUUUCAGUCGUGAAAGUUAAUAGCAUGAAAAGCAUAUGUGGAAUGUUUGUGUUAUUGUGUUUGGAUGUUUGUUAUAAUUUCUACAGUUAUUAAAGCAUCCCUGAAUGUGCUUGAAAAUGUGUUGUGCUUAAGGUGCAGCAGGCUAACCUGAAUUUAUGGAGACCUCCCACCAAUGGUCCUGAAAUGUUUCGAUUCUUCACCUACAGCUACAGUGGUAACCUAGAUGAUCUAGCUACAACUUGUGCCUCCUCUCCAACCUCACUAUUUAUUUAAUCCUGACAGUUAAAUCUUGCAACUAGUCGAUGCUGUCCGGUCCACAUGCCUCCUUUGGUUCUGUCAACCUGCGAACAGCUGGUUCUUCACUACUGACUGUCAAAUGACUUAUUUCAAAAGCUUCGGUCAUCAACCGG